CGCCCCCUUUUCUUCAGACUUUUUCUAGCUCUUACGGUAGAAUGUCGUCGCGAAAUUUUUCUCGUGGUCCAAGGGACCCACGUGCCGAACACGUUGAUUCUCGCGUCGACUAUUUCGCAAACGGGCGAUUUUAUGAGUUAGACAGUUGGGAUCGUUCCCGUUCAGUUUUUGAUAAUCGCACUCGUUUCCGCUCGGACGACAGGGAGAGAUUUUGUUACCCUAGCUUUCGUGAGAGAUCGCCUUUGAGGCGUCCACGGUACGUCGAUCCGAAUGUUCAGUAUCCGCCUGUUCAGUAUCCGCCUGUUCGGUAUCUUGACGAGGGCGACAUUCGGGGCCCACCGGCUGAUCAAGACCUUUACAGUGAUCCUGCUAGUGCUUAUGACGCUUAUUUCGAGUGUGACUAUGACCCCCGAUCCUACCCGACUCACAGUGAAGCUAAGCCAGAGGAUGAGUAUUACAGUGAUACCCCAAGAGAAGACGACUGGGCUGAGUACGAUCACGCGGGGGCAAUUGAUCGCGGUCGCCCUUGGCGCCCGCAAACUGGCGUUCGUUUUACGACGGAUCAGUCGCCGAUAUCCGUCGAGUUACCGACCCUUUCAGAAGAAGCGCAGUCAGUGGCAGGCCCAUCCAAUGGUAAUCAGGGCUCAGAUCCUAGGCGGGUGGAAGACGAAGUUGCCGUCAUCAACGCUUCGCCUCCACCAGUGGUACCCAAAGCAAUCUGUGAUGAAAUAGCGUCCCUUUUAUCCGUCGGCGUUUCAACCGAACAGUCCAAGUUGACUUCAAAAGAAUUCCCACUAGUGUACGAGGUGGGUGACUUCUCACUUAUGCCUCCCAAGCCGGAUGCAUGGAUGAGUCGCCGAUCUAAGGAUAAAGGCGUUUUGAAAGCGGUCAAUGUAAAGGAAGAAGCUUUAAUUAGAACCCAGCUGAAAAUCAUGGACAUCGGUCCCCCUUUGAUUGACCUUUAUGCUCGGCUGGCUAAAAUGGAAGAGGCUACGACAAGUGAUAUGCGCCGCUCGGUCCAGGCUGCCUUGCAGCAGUGGGGUCGUGCUUUUGCCCACGUUUCAAAGAAACGGCGGGAGUCUGUUGUGCAUUUUACGGACCCCAGAGUGGAAUACCUUUUGAAAGACGAUAGCUGCUUUGCUACCGAGCGAGAGGACGGAGAGGAGGGGGCGAUCCCAGAGGCGGUCGCGGACGCGGGAAUCCCAACCCAAGAAGCGCACCCCAUCGUAUCGAUUAGUCUUAAAGUGGGCGCUCGAUUAAGUGUUUUCGCUGACAAAUGGUCAGAAAUUACCGACGAUCCCUGGGUUUUGAAGACGAUAUCCAACGGCCUUAAGAUCGAUUUUUUGUCAGAACCAUUCCAACGCUCAUCACCGCGUGAUGUGGUAAUGUCAGACGAGAUGCGAGCUGUUUGCUAG